AAAGAUGAAGUUCGGAUCCUUUGGUUACACUGUGGACACCUGUCCCGGUAACAAGACGGAGUACGCAGACUCGGCUACCAGAUUGGGGUGUGGUGUGGAUGAGAAUGGGCGGAGUCAGUACGUCUGUGUUCCCAACAACAACAGGUCAAGUCUGGUGGAGUUCUGUUAUAAUAUAACAACCACUGGAUUAUAUACCAAAGGUAACUGUUUGAAAGUUUUUGAAAAUGGAAAUUUGGACCAAACCAGCUGUGUAAAAUUUUCACAUGGAUGUCCACAAAAUCACUUCUUUCUUUCUGACUUGUAUAAAUUCCCUGCUUGUCAUGAUAUAAAUCCCAAAGAAAGAUGUUUUAAUGCGGAUCCUUCUUGUCCAAACAUAACCUUAACUAAAGAGCCCUCUACAACAGCUAAACCAGAAAGGAAUCCCCCUGAUAGAACACUGCCUACAGGAGCCAUAGUAGGAAUCACAGGAGGAGUAAUAAUAGGCGUUAUCAUUGCUGUACUUGUAGUGGUAUUCAUCUUAAAGAGGUUGAAAAAGAAAUCGGAAAAAGAGGAUGAUAUGGAGGUUCAGACUGGGUUGAUCGAAAAAUGUGGUCAAUAUGGUAAAAUGGAAACAGAAGACAUGAAAUGUUUUAAAUUAUUGUGUAUCACGAUCAGUCAGAGUGAUAUACUGCAGAACUGCAAUGAAAAUGGCGUUAGAAUCAAAGCAAAUAAUCUUUUAAAUGUGAAUGUGAUUAAUAGAGACAAUUAA